GUUGGUGUUGCCCCUUCUCUUAGCCGUGUUAUGCAAAUCACCUGGAAACUUGCAGUGCAUAACAAAGCGACCUUAGCAGCGAUCUGUUAAUCUAUCAAGCUCCUAGUUUACAGUGGUAGAAAAAUAAUUAGGGCUUUGUACGUUUGUGGAAAUAAUUAGUUACUUGCAUGUUUUUUCCUGAUCCACUGCUUUUGAGAGAGCAGAUUUCGGAGUCAUUUAGGCCACUAGCCGCCAUUUGGGUCAAGUUUGCUUUUGCCCUGUGUAUGUGGAGGUCAGUAGGGUGUUCUGAAAAUAUUACGAGAGGUCCAGUUUUUGAAAUGGUAGUUCGAACUUCUCUCCCAGUUUUACCGAUGAAACAGACCCUUAUCAUCUUUGGUACAAUUCCUGAACUUUGAACUUCAGACCUGCUGUUUUUUCUUCAAAAUGGUUUUGUCUCAGCAGUAUGCCUCCGAGUUCCUGGUUAGGAAACGUCGAGCCAAUUCUUUUAUGGAAGAAAGUAAGAAGGGAAAUUUAGAAAGAGAAUGCAUUGAAGAAUUGUGCAAUAAAGAAGAAGCCAGAGAAGUCUUUGAAAAUAAUCCUGAAACGGAAUAUUUUUACCCCAGAUAUUUAAGCUGCCUCGGCUCCCAUCGAGCAGGGAUUUUCAGGAUUGCUGACGUUACUCCAGAGUCCUCACGUGACCUGAGAACCUGUGUCAAUGAAAUUUCAAACCAAUGUACCCCUCUACCAUGCAAUGAAGAUGGGUAUACAGAAUGCAUCGAUGGGCAAGCCAAGUACACUUGUGUCUGUAAACAAGGCUGGCAAGGAGAGAAAUGUGAAGAAGAUAUAAAUGAAUGUGAAGACCCAGAAAAUAAAAAUGGAGGGUGCAGCCAAAAAUGUGUUAAUUUUCCUGGAACCUACCAAUGUUCCUGUGAGGAUGGAUACUUUAUGCUUUCAAAUAAACAUGAAUGCAGAGACAGGAAUGAAUGCACAAUGCAUCCAAACAUCUGUGGGACAGCACACUGCCACAACACCCCGGGCAAAUAUAAAUGUGAAUGUGAAGAAGGCUUUACAUAUAAUUCAACUUCAAAGACUUGUGAAGAUGUGGAUGAAUGUGCUGAAAACACUUGUUCUCAAAUAUGUGUAAAUUCUCCAGGAAGCUAUACCUGCUACUGUGAUGGCAAGAAAGGGUUCAAGCUUUCUAAGGACUGGAAGCACUGUGAGGCUGUUCCAGUUUGUGUCCCUCUGAAUCUUGAAAAGAAUGAUAAAUUGCUUUACUUGGCAGAACAAUUUAUAGGGAUCCCCGUGUUGUACUUAAGGUUUAGAUUGCCAGAAGUCACCAGAUUUUCAGCAGAAUUUGAUUUCCGGACAUAUGAUGCAGAAGGUGUUAUGCUAUAUGCCGAAUCCCCUGACAGCACAGCAUGGUUCUUGCUUGCACUUCGCAAUGGAAAAAUUGAAAUACAAUUCAAGAAUGAACUUGGAACAAAAAUCACCAGUGGUGGCAAAGUGAUUAAUGAUGGUCUGUGGCAUAUAGUCUCAGUGGAAGAAUUAGAACACAGUAUCAGUGUAAAAAUAGCAAAAGAAGCAGUGAUGAAUAUUAACAGCCCUAGAAACCUGUUCAAACCAUCAAAUGGCUUUUUGGAAACUAAAGUGUACAUUGCAGGACUACCUCGCAAAGUCAACGACACCCUCAUUAAACCGAUUAACCCUCGACUAGAUGGGUGCAUUCGUGCUUGGAACCUGAUGAAUCAGGGAAGUUCAGGCAUAAAAGAAGUUAUUCAAGAAAAACAAAGCAAACACUGUUUAGUAACUGUGGGGAAAGGGUCCUACUAUCCUGGCACUGGCACGGCAGAAUUUCAUAUAAAUUAUAAUAAUCUUACUAAUGACAACGAGUGGCUUAUAAACAUAAUAUUGACUAUUCGCCCAUCCACAAGCACUGGUGUGAUGUUUGCCUUGGUCUCUGAUGAAACAGUGCCUCUUGCUUUGUCCAUAGUAGACUCCAAUUCCCCUAACUCACAGGAAAUCAUUGUGACUAUUAAGAACGUCAUUGUUGCUCGGUUGGAGUCAGACAGAUUGUGUACCUCCAAAAGAACUCGACUAGAACUCAGAGUAAACAAACAGCUGCUUGAACUGACUGCUGAGUCACAAACAGAGAGCACCACUACUUACCAACAACAACAGCUCUCCAUCCUGGAUCUAGCAAUGAAAGGACGUAUUGUUACCUACUUAGGUGGCAUCCCAGAUGUUCCCAUUGGUGCAACACAGCAGACAGCCUUUUAUAAUGGCUGCAUGGAGGUGAAGGUCAACGGACUACAGCUGGAUCUGGAUGAAGCCUUCUCCAAACACAAUGACAUUAGGUCACACUCGUGCCCACUGACUGAGAAUGAAGCAAAUGAAUUAUUAAACUAGCAUUCUCCCUUCAGAUAUCAUUUGUGUAAUUAGGCUCCCAUAUUAUGUUACUCAGAAUGUUGUGACAGAGGAGUUAAACUGGAAUGUUUUCAUCCCUUGUACGUAGUGUGGAAAGAUAAAAUAAACCUCAGUUUUUUUCAGUGAUGAAAAGGACACGAUGAAGAAUAAAAUUUUGUAAAUAUGUUCUGAUCCACAUCAGUGAUCAUAUCUUUAAACUAAAUUUAAAAGAUUUCUUUUGGGUGGAACCAUCUUUUCCCCCCCAAUCAUUGAGGCUGUUCCCUUUUUGUAUUUUAUUCAACUUGGAGAGUCAAAUCAGGCAAGUCCAGCUGUCGCUUACGGUUCUGAUGUUUUAGCACAAAGCUGUUGUGUUUGGGUUGCAAGUGCUACCGGCAUGUUUGAAUCUAAAUAAAAUGAUUUUCAUUUCACUUUCUAACAAGAUAUUAAAAAAAAAAA